AUGGAAGGCUCUGAAUCCGAUUCUGUGCCACUUGCCAUUUCCAAUGGCGAAGAUCCCCAAUUGGGGGCUCAUUCUUCCCCGCUUUCUCCUCCUCUUCCUCAACUGUCAGAUCUCAAUCACGCGGCGGAGCACGAGGCACUCUCUGGGGAGCUUCAGAGCAAGUUGGAUUUGAAGGGUGAUGAUGAGAGUGAAGAUGAACGUCAGGAGAAAGUUUCCUACUUGAACAACGGUGGAGGAGUUUGCGACGAAGAAACUGCUAAGGGUGAUGAAGAUAGUAAGGGUUGGGAGACAAAUAGUUGGAAUGAGGAAGUGGGUGUUCACGUCGAUGCUGAUGAAUAUGGAGUGGAGAAGAAGGAAGAGAGAAACAGUGAUGUAACUCACCACUACCCUUUGAGGCCUGAAGCAGAAGAUUGUGCAUUUUAUAUGAAAACUGGGAAUUGCAAGUUUGGGUUUAACUGCAAGUUUAAUCACCCCAUUAGGAGGAAAACUCAGGCUGCUAGAGAGAAGUCCGGAGAAAGAGAAGAAACCUCAGAGAGAUCAGGCACAACAGAAUGCAAGUUUUAUCAAAGAUCUGGGGGUUGCAAGUUUGGAAAGUCUUGUAAAUAUAAUCACACAAGAGGAAAAUUUUCAACACCACCAGUUUUAGAACUUAACUUUCUUGGUCUGCCUAUUCGUCAGGGGGAGAGAGAGUGCCCCUUUUACAUGCGUACUGGCUCUUGCAAAUUUGGAGCAAACUGCAAGUUCAACCAUCCUGACCCGACAACUGUUGGAGGAUGUGAUCCUCCUUCGUUUGGUAACGGAGGGUCUAUUUCAUUACAAGGUGUAUCACAACCAUCUGUACCCUCCUGGUCUUCUCCAAGAACAUUAAACGAAACAUCCCCUUUUGUGCCAAUGAUGCUUUCACCUACUCAAGGUGUUUCCGCCCAAAGUUCUGAUUGGAAUGGAUAUCAGGCAUCUGUCUACCUUCCUGAGAGGAACAUGCAUCCACCUUCUACAUUUGUCUUGAGCAACCCUGCAGUCGAUACAAAUGUUUACAUGCACCAUCAAAAGCAGAUGUCUGUGGAAGAGUUUCCUGAAAGACCUGGUGAACCUGAAUGUAGCUACUUCCUAAAAACUGGAGAUUGCAAGUUUAAAUCUAAUUGUAAAUUUCACCAUCCAAAGAAUCGAAUUGCAAGAUUACCUCCAUGCAACCUUAGUGACAAGGGUCUUCCUUUGAGACCUGAUCAAAGUGUCUGCUCCCAUUACAGUCGCUAUGGAAUUUGUAAAUUUGGACCAGCUUGUAAGUUUGACCACCCGAUAAACUUGCAGCCAUUAAUGAUGUCUGGACUUGGUGAGCAGUCAUACUCAAAUUCAGCUGGUGUGGAGGAAGCUGGGAUAGGCGAAAGUACAGGUGAAACUGAUGCAACAAUUCAGCAAUCUGUGUAA